AUGCCGACACUCAACCAGCUCGAGUGCUCGAUUGAGCUGGGCCCAGGCAACACAAAGCUCAAAGAGUACGGCACCAAGUACAGAAACGGCCAUGUCGAGACCUUUAUCGCCGUGACAGACUCAGACAUCCCUUUCACCAUCCACCUCAAGACGAAAGGGUACAUUGCGCCCGGCAUUGCCCUGUUCGUAUUCAUGGACGGCGUCUACCAGUGCAACCGCAAUAGAAUCGGCCUGAAGCUGCCUGGCCAGUAUGUAGAUCCGAACGAAUACGAGGUACAGUUUCAUCUACGUCAAAAGGAAGAGAAGUCUGUGCACGGCGCAUUCAUUGGGAGUGACUGGACGUUCAAGGAGCUGGAUAGAGUCUCUGCGGACAAAGCUCCAGCCCUCAACCCGCAGUUCUUAAACAACAUCGGCACUAUCGAAGUCGUGGUUAUGCGCUGCAAACCCGCGCUGGACGACGUACCUACCGAAGUGUCAAGAGGUUUGAAGAGAGGACGCAUCUCAAACUACGACGGCCCCGCAGACGAUUCUGAGGAUGCCCAUAGCACCUCUCACGCCUCCCAAGGCCCAGGACAUCCGACACACCGCACUCAACCACAGCUGGCCACGGCCACCAACCCACAGCAAGGACCGGGCAUCAGUCUCAUCGCUCAAGGGUUGAAGCAACCCCGCGACAUUCCUCAGCGUUCUCAAGUCACCAGCGAUGGGCUAGCGAUCAGCAAUGCUCACGGCUCCGCCAACGCGAGCAACAUCGUUCAGCUCUCACAAGCAACCAGCCCACAGCAAGAGCCCGGCAUCGAUCGCAUCACACAGAGCUUACGCAACGUUCUUGAGAUUGACCAGCGCAUCCGAGCAACAAAUGCCCCACAAUCUUGCAGCAACAUGCGGGAGACAAGGGCCGAGAGCAGCGGUGCUCAGCCUGAGCGCGCCAUCGAGGUACCUGAAUCCGAGCAAUUGCCUGGCAACGCUCUCACCACGGAGGCUUUGAGGAGCAUGGGCGGCAAUAGUCAGCGUCCUUCCAGUCCGGAUUCUGUGAGUUGGGGUAGCUCAACAACUCUGGUUAAUGAUGGCGAAGCACCCACUCGUCUUCCAGAGCACGACUCCUUGCGUUGGUCCGAUGAGGUGGCCCCGUCAUCACCAGUCAUCGAUGCACCCGCAAACAUCUUCGCCGCUCCUCCACUCCGGCUUACAGAGGAUCAUGAUCAAGGCUUCAUCUUCCAAGUUCGUCGAGGCGAAGCCGGCGUCAGAGCCAGCGUCAGCGGAGUCAACAUCAGGACACCAUUCUGUGCAUCGUCAACACCACACUACAGCACGUCUGCCCGUCGCACUGGGCCAGGAGACAUUUACAUCCGCUUUCACAUCCGCCACGAUAUGCGUCCACUGGUAUUCAACUCUGAUGCGCCCCACAUCGCCAUUGCAGCUAUCAGGGAGGCGCUCGAUGAGCUUCCCGAGAUGGAUGCUCAGUACCCGGUUCUGAUGCGCUACGUCAAUCAGGAGAUAACGGCGGUGUUGCAGAGACGCCAUGGCCUUGCCAACCAAGAAGCUGACUACAUAUGCGGUGAAAAGGAGCUCAAGCUUGUGGAAUUCGACAGGGACAUUGCUCACCUACAUGAAUGCGAGGAAGCCAUUCAGCGGAAGCACAGCGAGAUAGUCGAGGCUGCGUAUAGGACUUACAGCAACAUCCUCGCCAAGCCUCACACCACCUCAGCCUUCGAAGAUAUUGAGGCCAUGCGAGAAUGCAUGGUACUCUGCAUGGAUGUGCACCGCGACCUGGACUUCCGGCCUGGACUGUACCGCCUUCGCGUCUUUCAGAGGCGUCUGUUCCGGGACCCGUUCCUUGCUCUCGCGGGAGUCUCCGAUGAUGCGCUGGACCCACGGGCCAUGUACGAGCAUUACAUGGCUCGGGUGGAGAGACUUGACUGGUUCAUUCAACACGCCACUCCCCUGAGAGCUUUGGAUGUCGCAGCGGUCCAGGAGCGCCAUGACAAUGUGCAAGCUCAACUCAAGUCGGUUGCCGAAGAGCAAGGCUUUCUACACGAGUACAACGCUAUCUUCUUUCCCACUGCAGGCGCUCUCGCCAGUGGUACGCCGCAGCCCACGUGGCCAAUCCCUCAAGAAGACCAAGAAGUUGGCAAGAACAACACGCAUGCUGAGCACAGCGAGCGGGCCUCCACGUUCGGUCUGGACGGCGCUGCAGAUACGCCUAACAAGAGAGUACAGUUUGCCGAGCCUCCGACGCCUUUACCUCAGAGAGGUCCUUACGCCGACACUCCAAGAUUCGCUCAGCCAUUAUGUGUUUCGUACGGCAUGCAGCAGAGUCCGUAUGCGCCCACGCCAGGCAACACACCGGGCUUUCGCUCGGUUGGCGAGACCAUGGUGGGACCGGCUCUUGCGGGCUACGGCCCACCUUACCAGCAGAUGCCGCAAAUGCAGCAGUACCAGGGAUACAAUCAGGCGCAGGGCUUUUGUCCACCAGGCUACCUCCCACCACAAGGCCGAGGCCGCGGUCAACCCUUCGGCCAACCCCAGGGCUACUACGGUCAACCUCAGGGCCACGGCCAAGUGCCAGUCUACAUGGCCCAGCAAGGCUUCCCGCACCCGCAAGGCUUUCAGGGUCAACAAGUACCGCUCAACACCGGUGUACCGCCGCAUCUGCGGCCUGGAGCAAUGGGACCCCCGAAGACUAUGAGAGCCCCAGAAGGACAAGCACAAGGCGCGCCCAAGACGUUUCGUCAUUUCGGUUCGUCGCAGACCCCCGAGGAGACCGGAAAGAAGAAUGACCCUAUCAAAGCUGCGGAUUUCGGAACCCUCUGGGGCUGCGAUGACGCCGACAUUCGCAACCCGCACUUCAACGCAGAUGAGAAGGUUGCCGACGACGCGAAUGUCCAAGACCACGCCAACCGCAACAGCAAACGCAACAAGGCCAACAACGAGGGCUGGGUUCAGGAUGUGCAGAAGAACAACCGUGGUCAGAACCCGAACAAGAAAGGUUGGGUCGAGGUAGGCGCAGGCGAAUGGGACAAUGCUGGUACGCAGAAGAAGAGCGACGGCAAGAAUAGCAACAACGGAUGGGGCACCCAAGGCGGUCAGAACAACGCAGGCGGCGCUCCUGGCUGGGGCAGUGGGCCGCAGAAGAAGAGCGACGGUCGUGGCGGCAAGAACAGCAACAAUGAAUGGGACACUCAAGGCGGUCAGAACAACGCCGGUGGCGCUCCUGGAUGGGGUAACGAGGCACAGAAGAGCGGAGGAAAUGUUGGCGGAUGGGACACGAAUGCGCCGAACAAUGGAGGCGGCGAUGGUGGAUGGGGUGCCGAUCCGAAGAAGAACUCAGGCUCCGGAUGGGGCACCCAGAGUGGACAGCAGGAUGAAGGUGACGGUGGGUGGGGUGGUGAUCAGAAUGGGCAGAACAAUGCUGGGUGGAGCGGAGGUGAUCAGAAGUCCUCCUCGACCAAGAGCCAGGGCUGGGGCCACAAUGACAAUCAGCCGCAGCAGAGCGACACCAAAGGGUGGGGUGGAAGCCAGGACUCAAAGAAUAACGACAAGGCAUGGGGUGGACCAGCAGACCAGAACAACGGCGCCUCUGGAUGGGACACCAAGAGCCGCUCGUCCUCCGUCAAGAGCACCCGCUCGCACCACCGCAGGUCCGACAGCAUUUCCGUCGCCUCCGGAACAUCCGCUGAGCCUAACCCGCUCUUCAAGCCAUACUGGAAGGACUGGACAAGGCCAAUCGACAAGGAGGUUGCCGAUGACUCCGACUCCAACGCUUCGACCGUUGUCGCCACGCCUCGCGAAGUCUAUCAGUACCCGGCCGAGCCGCUCCCACCAGUCCCGUCGAACAAGGCCAAAUCCGCGAGCCACGUCGUCCAGACCGGCAGAGGUGCAGCCUACGACCACCUCACGCGCCGCCCGGAGUACAUCGACGCCUGGGACAAGCCGUACGCGGUCUUCUCCUUCAAGUACCGCAGCCCAGAGGCCCUCGGCAGCCUCCUCAAGACCACGAUCGAUGUCUCGGACAUCGAGAAGGUGAAGGAGAGGGUAGAGAAGGAUAUGCUGUUGGCCAUGCCGAAGCAUAAGCUGGUCGAGGAGCUGAUGGCGAAGAGGGGGAUCUCCGGGGGCGGGAAGAAGGAAGGGGGGCGGAGCAGUGGGUAUGGUGGCGGCGGGGGUGAGAAGGGAUCGGAGAAGGGGUCGGAGAAGGGAGGGAGCGGUGGGAAGGGGGGGUAUGGGUGGUAG